AUGCUGAUCCUGAGCUGCUCCUCCAAGCUGCGGCUGCUGGAGGGCACACUACAGAGGCGCUUCCCCAAAACAUUGCCGGUCUAUGGCACUGUGAUGGCCAUAACCCGGGGGAACCCAGCUGCGCAGGUGCUGGUGGAUUCAUGGCCUGACUUCAAAGUCGUCCUCACCCGGCCGCGCAGAGAGGUGGCAUCGGAUAACUCUGAUUUCUACACCAACACAUACAUAGUGUACUACCGGGACCUAGGUGCCUACCGGGCGCUGCUGGGCAGUGCGGGGCUCCGGGAUGGAGUGUACGAAAUCUCCAAGGACAUCGCCGAGGCUAAGGGGAUCAAGCUGGAGGUUUUCCGCUACUUCACCUAUUUUCACCCAGAUCCCAGCUCCAUGCCUGAGAUCAGGCUGGACCCAGCCGUGAGGCUCUCGUCCCUGGAUGUCUCCCACGCCGACCUGCUGAAUGAGACGUGGCAACUGAGGGGGAACGAGAAAAGCAGGAAGUACCUGGCCAGCCUGAUCCGCCACUUCCCCAGUGUCUGCCUGCUGGAUGCUGCUGGCCACCCGGUCAGCUGGGCCACUUCAUAUCCGUUUGGUGCCAUAGGGCUUUCCUACACUCUGCCCCAGCACUGGCAGCGCGGCUACAUGGGGAUGCUGACUAAUUUGAUAGCCAAGCGGUUGCACGCACUAGGCUAUCCCAGCUACGGCUAUGUGGCUGUGGAGAACUACCCCAUGCAGAGGUUGCAGGAGAGGCAGGGCUUCCAGCGCCAGCCCAGCCUGUGGUACUUCAUUCUUCAUAACCCAGCACCGGCGAAAGCCCCCACAUUAACCCCCAGCCCAGCAUAA